AUGACAAAUCCAUGGUUCCCAAUUACCUGUGUUGUGGUCUAUCUCGUUGCCAUUUUUGCCGGUCAACGAAUCAUGGCGCAUCAAGAGCCUUACGUCAUGAAGAAGACAUUGGCCGCCUGGAACUUGAGCUUGGCCAUUUUCUCGCUCUUUGGAUUUCUGCGAGGUGUUCCACCGCUGAUGCACAAUUUUACCACCUAUGGCUUUGAAGAGUUCCUCUGCAAUGAUCCGCAAAACUCCAUUGGACAAUCUGCCACGGCUGUUUGGGGCAUCUUUUUUGUCUUGAGUAAACCAGCUGAACUGUUCGAUACGUUCUUCAUUGUCAUGCACAAGAAGAGACUCCUGCUGUUACACUGGUAUCAUCAUGUCACAGUGCUCCUUUGUUGCUGGCACACGUAUGUCAGCCAUGCUCCCGCUGGGCUUAUCUACAGCACCAUCAACUAUGGUGUUCAUGCCAUUAUGUACUUCUACUACUUUCUAAUGGCAAUCAAGUGCAAACCAAAGUGGUUCAAUCCGAAAUGGAUCACUCUGGCACAAAUUACGCAAAUGGUUGUGGGAAGUUUGGUGUCCAUCCUCUCCUUCCAUGCCAUUCAAAAACCUGGUUGUUGGGCCAAGUUUGAAAACAACACCAGCAUCCUUAUCAUGUACAUCAGUUACUUUUUCCUUUUUGUACAGUUCUUUCUCAAGCGAUACGGAUGGAGUAUCAAGACAAGUGUGGUGGAAACAAAGAAGUCUGCCAAGGCCAAGAAGAAGAAGUUGAUGUAA